AUGUGCAUCGAACGGCCACCGUUUGUGCACGAGUGUUUGUCAAAAUCAGAUUGUGGCAACGGUUUCAGCUUGGGAUCUCUUUUAGGUGGCAGCAGUGACAUAUCCAUGCGGACCGAGAUGAUGAAGUUUCUCCGCAAUGCCAUCUUGCUUUGUCUGAAUGUUUUUCCGCGAAAUUACAUUUUGGAAGAAGCUGUGCUUGUUGCAGAAGAGUGUUUGUCAAAAUCAGAUUGUGGCAACGGUUUCAGCUUGGGAUCUCUUUUAGGUGGCAGCAGUGACAUAUCCAUGCGGACCGAGAUGAUGAAGUUUCUCCGCAAUGCCAUCUUGCUUUGUCUGAAUGUUUUUCCGCGAAAUUACAUUUUGGAAGAAGAUAUGCUUGUCACAGAAGAGCUAUUUGUAACAAAGAUGAAAACAUGUGAGGUAGCAACUACCCCAUGCCAAGCUUUGGCCAAACGUCUCCUCAAAAGUGACCGGCCGGAUCUACUACUUUGUGGAGUUUAUGCACAGCGAGAAGCUGCUUCUGGAAAUAUGAAACAUGCAAGACGAGUAUUCGACAUGGCACUGACGUCUAUCUGUGGCCUCCAUAAGGAAUUACAGUAUAACGCUCCUAUGCUAUAUCUAUGGUAUGCCGAAUCAGAAGUAGCCAAUAGUAGUGGUAGCAGUCGGGAAACAGAACCGUCAUCUCGUGCUAUGCACAUUCUGUGCUACUUGGGAAGUGGUCUACCUUAUAUUCCUUAUACUUCCCAGCCUUCAAGCAUGCAAAUCCUUAGAGCACGCCAAGGCUUCAGAGAGAAGCUUAAGAAGAUACAAUCAACAUGGUCUCACGGUGUCACAGAUGAUCAAUCAGCAGCGCUUGUUUGUUCGGCAGCUCUAUUUGAGGAGUUGACAAACGGCCUUCCUGGUGCUGUUGAGAUCCUUGAGCACAUGUUCAGUUCUGUUCUGUUCACGUGUGGGUCAUAUUUGGUCUCACGCUUCUCUCUCUCUCUUCCCUCUCCCUCUCCCUUCUCUGCCUCUUCUUCCUCCUCCUCCUCUCAUCCUCACUCUCCCUCUCCGUAA